GUACGCGCCCAAUCGCCGUAUACUCCCCGCAUUUAACUUGGAUGACAUUUUGAUUUCAUCAUUAGCAUCCGGCGCCGGAUUGACGCAGCCUCGAGCCGGGGACUGCUCUUGCUGCCUCCUCCGCGGGAGCCGCAGCCGCAGCCUAGCCGCCUGGAUACUUCCGUGCCGCGGCUGGGCCGCUCCCCGCCCCUCUGCACCCCUCCCCCAUGCUAGCCCGCCCCGACUGGGUCCUCACCCCGCCCUCCUACCGUUGGAUUUGCGCCUGGGGCGGCCCCCGACUUUGAGCCCGGUAGUUGAGUUUCGUUUAUGGUCUGAUUUCCGGCCUCUCGCCUGCUCGUCCCGCCGCCCGCCUGUCCCGCUCCCUCCCUCCCGGGGACCCGGAGGAGAGGGGACCAUGCCGGAACCCGGACCAGACGCUCCCGGCUCCGCCAGCGCACAGCCCCCUCCGCCGCCGCCCCCACCAUCCGCUCCCAAGGAGUCCCCGUUCUCCAUCAAGAACCUGCUCAACGGAGACCAUCACCGGCCACCCCCUAAGCCGCAGCCGCCCCCACGGACGCUCUUCGCGCCGGCUUCGGCUGCCGCCGCAGCUGCUGCUGCCGCCGCCGCGGCGGCCAAGGGGGCCCUGGAGGGAGCCGCGGGCUUCGCGCUCUCGCAGGUGGGCGACCUGGCUUUCCCCCGCUUUGAGAUCCCGGCGCAGAGGUUUGCCCUGCCCGCGCACUACCUGGAGCGCUCCCCAGCCUGGUGGUACCCCUACACCCUGACCCCCGCCGGCGGCCACCUCCCGCGACCUGAAGCCUCGGAGAAGGCCCUCCUGCGAGACGCCUCCCCCGCCUCGGGCACGGACCGCGACUCUCCGGAGCCACUGCUUAAGGCAGACCCCGACCACAAGGAGCUGGACUCCAAGAGCCCGGACGAGAUCAUUCUGGAGGAAAGCGACUCCGAGGAAAGCAAGAAGGAAGGCGAAGCGGCGCCAGGCGUGGCCGGGGCAGGCGCAGGGGCGGCGGCGGCGGCGGCGGCGACUCCGGGGGCAGAGGACUGGAAGAAGGGCGCCGAGAGUCCGGAGAAGAAGCCGGCGUGCCGCAAGAAGAAGACGCGCACCGUCUUCUCGCGCAGUCAGGUCUUCCAGCUGGAGUCCACCUUCGACAUGAAGCGCUACCUGAGCAGCUCGGAGCGCGCCGGCCUGGCCGCGUCGCUGCACCUCACUGAGACGCAGGUCAAGAUCUGGUUUCAGAACCGCCGCAACAAGUGGAAGCGGCAGCUGGCGGCGGAGCUGGAGGCAGCCAACCUGAGCCACGCCGCGGCGCAGCGCAUCGUGCGGGUGCCCAUCCUCUACCACGAGAACUCGGCCGCCGAGGGCGCGGCGGCUGCAGCCGCGGGGGCCCCGGUGCCCGUCAGCCAGCCGCUCCUCACCUUCCCGCACCCCGUCUACUACUCGCACCCGGUGGUCUCCUCCGUGCCGCUGCUACGGCCGGUCUGAAGCCCCAGAGGGGUGGGGGAGGGAGCGCCCGGCCUCCUCUUCCGGACCCCAGAGGAGACUGGGCCGGGCCGAGGGCGCCGGGACGUCCCGCGGUCUUCAGGAACCCGGGCUUCGGCGCCCAGCCUCGGCCUCCCCUCCCCCAGUCCGUAGCGUUUUGUAAGUAUUUGCAAUGCAUUUUCGUGCAAUUCAUCCCCAAAGGAUUGGAGGCGCUUCCCCUCUUACUUUUGAUUUUGGCUUAUAUUAAGAGAAAGCAGGAAGGAGACAAAAUUUCUGGGACAAAUAUUUAGACCGAAAGUUUUUGUAAAAUGUGCAGCCCUCCCCUUCAAAUUUCCAUUGCGCUGUGGCUUUUUGGUUUUAUUUUUAUAGAAGGGAAAUAACUGCAAAACCUGAAUCCCUCUAGUUUAUUAUUAUUAUUUUUUCCUAGACGGAGUCUGGCUCUGUCGCCCAGGCUGGAGUGCAGUGGCAAGAUCUCGGCUCACUGCAACCUCCGUGUUCCGGGUUCAAGCAAUCCUGCCUCAGCCUCCCAAGUAGCUGGGAUUAUAGGCACGCACCACCACCCCCAGCUAAUUUUUGAAUUUUUAGCAGAGACGGGGUUUCACCAAGUUGGCCAGGAUGGUCUCCAGCUCCUGACCUCGUGUUCCGCCCGCCUCGGCCUCCCAAAGUGCUGGGAUUACAGGCGUGAGCCACCGCGCCCGGCCUAGUCUAUUCAUUUUCUAGAGAGAGAGAGAGAGAGAGGAGAGAGAGAGAGAGAGAGAGAGAGAGAGAGAGAGAGAGAGAGAGAGAGAGAAUGAAUAUGGUAGUAAGUUUAUUUCUGGAUUUCUGGGUGUGUUUCUUCCUCCCCACUCCCAAGGCAGUUAUCCACCUUAAUUUUCAGAAUCUGAGCAGCCUCUCACAAGAAUUCGGACUCAGGCCGCUUUUCUCUUCUGGAGAGGUCUGUCGCAAUGAGCCUCUUCAUCGGUCUUACUUCGUGAAGGAAGAAUUCUCUUAAGUGUUUAAAGGGAAAAGAGCCAAAAAUCAGAACUCUAUUGAAACAGCCCUACAUCUGGCCUGGUCUGAGUGAUCUUAUUUAUUAGCAGCAUUUAUUUUGGAAAUUUCAUUUGGUAAAUUAUUAAUAUUACUAUUAUUACUUUGUUCCCUGUUUUAGAGCGUAAUUUCAGUAUUUUUAAUUUGGUAUCUUUUAUUCUCUCCUCUUACCUUUCAUGUUCUGCAGUAACUGUUGUACUUCGACCUGUGCAAUAUUGUACAAAAUUUUCUGAGAAAGCCGAGCCUUUUCACUGUAUCAUCAUGGUCAUUCAUUUAGAGAGAAAAAAUUAGGCAGGGGAAAGGGGAGAAGAAGGAAACAGGCUUAGGUAAUGAUGCUCAAAGGAGGAAGUUAGGCAUAAUGGAGCGCUUUAAGUGAAGGACAAUCAAUUUAGAAGAAUUUUAACUUAUUUGAUAAAUGUACAGAUUUCUUGUAAAGUUCACCCUCUACUCUACAGGGCUCCUGGCUCUGUCACCCUAUCUGUUUUCUUUCUGUCGGCUACACCUGUUGGUCUGCGAUACUUUGUUUCCCCUCACCUCCCUCACCUCUGCUUGGGUUGAGUCCCUUUUUAAGAAAAAGAGAAAAAAAACCCACAAAAUAUUGUUACGCUAAUGUUGUCGUGACAUUGAAUUAAUUAAAAAGAAAAGCUUUUCGUGUUGCCAGAGUGUGUAAGUUUGGACGAUCUUCCCCAGAGCAAGUGUCUCCAAAACUCUUUUCUGUCUUGCUCGCUGACUGCCUCUGCUGCUCCCUAAGUGCGAUCGAGACGCACAUCCCUGUAAUCCGGGAGGCGGCGGAGACAGAAGCGGCUUUGUUCACUCUCUCCCCUGCACCUUCCGCAGCUUGAAACGCCCAGCUAGCAGGGAAGAAUGCUGGGCGGAAGGUUUGAGGACCUAGGCUUAUCUAGUUUGCGAAAUUGAGCAAAGCGACAGCCGCGCUGGGCGAAAUACCAGACAGCUGGUAUUUCCCAACACUGAGCUGCAGCCUCGCGUUCUGUUCUUAAACCUGGGAUUUUUCGGGAGCCAAGAGCUUCUGGGCAGGGCAUCCCUGAGCACUCGUCAACUGGUUAACUUUGAUGGGCUCUGGUUGGAGGGAAGAAGGGAGUGAAUUCAGAGUUUAGCUGCAGCGGAAGGCCGAUUGCCAAGUCAGGCUAGGAAAGGCUGGGCCAAGAGAGGACAGCCCCGAGGACAGCCAGCUUUUGGGACUGCGGCUCCCACUUCCAGGAGAGGGGGACUUCCGCAGGGCUUGCGGAGCUGAGAUUUCCGGGGUGGCUCAGGCAUGGGUGCGGUCCUGAUGUGCCAAGUGCCAGGGAACAGAGGCUACC